AUGGGUGUCAAGGACUUCGUUAACCGUGCCAAGAGCACCGAGAUUGAGCGCACGGAGCACACCUCCAACAAGCAGGAGACGCACCAGAGCGACAUCCCCGGCCAGGGUGCUCCGGGCCUCGUUCCCGUUCCUGCGCUCUACGAAGCCCCUCCUCGCAGCGGUAUCUCGAUGGAAGAGUACAUGUUCUACGCCCAGAUCCAGCGCGAGCAGGAGAAGCUGUACGGUGCAGCGGGCGUAGCUGUUGAGGCCAAUGCUCCCCACGGUGCUGGCUACAUCGAGCACGCUGGCGAGAAGCACAACUCGUCCGAAAAGGUCAGCGAGCACGGCACUGCCGUCGAGGCCGGCGUCGCCAAGCCCACCGUCAACAGCACGGAUGCAUCCACCUUUGACCAGCUCGAGGGCCUUUCGGACCUCGAAAAGGAGAGCCGCAACGCCCAUCGCGCCAUCAAGACCGCCUCCUGGGUCGGCGUCUUUUACCUGAUCACCACCGAUAUUCUCGGUCCCUACGGUGCGCCUUACGCCAUGUCCCAGAACGGCUGGGUGACGGGUAACGUCAUGUACAUCGUCAUGGGCUUCUGUGCCUGGUGGUGCGGUAUCAUCCUCUGGAAGCUGUUCAUGCAGCUCGACUCGGCCCGUUACCCCGUCAAGACGUACGGCGACAUUGGCGAGCGUGUGGUGGGAUACCCCAUGCGCUGGACAUUCAACGCUCUCCAGACGCUUCAGCUCAUCAUCAACGUCGGUCUCAUCUGCCUUACCAACGGCCAGGCUCUCAGUCAGGUCAUCAGUGGCGCUCCCGGCAACGCCAACCUCUGCUUCUCCGUCUGCGUCGUCAUCUUUGCCCUCAUCGGCAUGGCUUUCGCACAGGUGCAGACCUUCCGUGGCCUUGGUUUCGCCGCUACCACCGCCGUGUACCAGAACAUUGUCAUCGUCAUCGUUUCCAUGGCCGCCAUCAUCAAGUACGGCCCCUACAUUGCCGGUGCCCAGGCUUCUUACGGCACUGACUACCCCUACAACAACCAGCCCGUCAUGACCUCUGCGUUUGUCUCCUACGACAUCACUCAGAAGGUUAACGGCUUGAUGAAUAUGGUCUUCGCGUAUGGUGGUGCGAUGAUCUUCCCGGAGCUCAUGGCCGAGAUGCGCCGCCCUAUGGACUUCUGGAAGGGCAUGAUCUCGGCCCAAGCCCUCAUCUGCACGGUCUACCUCGUCUACGCCAACGUGAUCUACGCCUACCAGGGCCAAUACGUUCUGGGUCAGUCGUACAAUGGUAUUGACAAGUACUCGUUCCAGACGGUCUGCAACAUGCUCGCCAUUCUUUCGGGCACCAUCGCCGCUGCGCUGUAUGGCAACGUCGGUCUCAAGGUCAUCUACGUCAACACGGUGCAGUCGUUCAUGAAGGGUCCCGCUCUCAACACCCCCCGUGGUCGCGUUAUCUGGGCUUCCAUCUCGGUCGUCUACUGGGCUCUUGCCUUCGUGAUCGCUUCCUCGAUUCCCCAGGUGCAGACGAUUUCGGGUCUCAUCGCAGCCAUUGCGAUCAUGAACUUCUCCUACUCGUUCCCUUUCAUGCUCGCGCUCAUCUUUUACAUCAAGCGCGACGCUAUGGAGGGCGACACCCCCUACUCGCCCGGAUACCCCGCUAAGAGGCAGGACACUUGGGCCCAGUGGAGCAGGUGGCAACGUGGACUGUUUGGCGGACACUACGAAUACCCCCUGCUGUUUGGCAAGAACGUCGUCAUCCCCGGUAUCGUCGUCAAGGCAGUACUGCUCUUCGUCACCCUCGGCGCGUACACUCUCUCGGGGCUCGGCAUGUACGGGUCGGGAGAGUCGAUCAAGGAGACGUUCGACUCGAGUGCUGCUGCCACCUCGUUCGGUUGCGCCGCCCCCGUCUGA